AUGCGCGAACCGGCCCUUACUCAUGUUGCUAGCCAGCAAUCCACUUCGAGAGCCGGUAUACAGCCGCAACUAUACAAUGGCAAGUGUAGAGCAAAGUUGGCGAACUCUCUUGCGUUGGGACUCUUGGGGUUUACCCUCUCCGUUGCAACUUUUGCGGUUGUCUUGAUGGGCUGGGGUGGAGCCUCGUCCUUUUCAAGCGUUGUUGGAAUAUUCUUCUUUACCGGGCCAGUUCUCCUUCUCCUCUCAACAAUCUUUGAGUGGGUACUUGGGAACUUCUUUAACAUGAUGCUUUGCGGUUUCUUCUGUGUAUUUUGGUGCUCUCUUGGCCUCCUUGAAUUGCCAACUGCCGAUAUUGCGUCGUCAUAUUCACCGACGGGCAAUGCACUUGAGGGUGCAUUAACACCCGACUAUAAUGCGGGUAUAGCGCUAUAUAUCUCUGUGUUGGCGUUCGGAGUUUUUACUUUCUUCAUUGCGACUCUCAAAACGAAUGCCGUGCUUGCAACUCUCUUUGCCGAUGCAACAGCUGCACUCUUCAUCCUCUCCGCAUCUUAUUGGAGGGUCAGCGUCGGAAAUAUUCCUUCCGCACUGCAUCUCAAACAUGUUUCUGGAGGACUCUUUUUCGUUGUGGCCUUCCUGGCAUGGUAUUUGACAUGUGCACUCAUGGUUGCAGAAAUGGGCUUCCCGUUUAAUCUCCCAGUUUUUGACUUGGCUCCCUAUUGGCCUCAACCUGCCUCGGAUUUGGAGGAAGCAGAAGCAAACUGCUGA